AUGGAUAACGGUAAGAGACAUAAAACCGAAACACCUGUCGAAAACUCAGACGAGAUUCUGGAAGAGGGGAUGAGUGAAUCCUACUCUGUUUCGGAGGUAUCUUCAUGUGAUGAGAUUUCCUAUGAAGUGACUGACCCCUCCUCAUCUAAUCUUUCUGGCAUAUCUACGAUUAUGGAACAGUCCAAGAUAUUUCCAUUUUCUGAAGAGUUCCUCUCGUCAUUUACCAUCUCCAAAGUCUUAACCAGUGGAGAUACCAUCCUCUCCUUCUGUGGAUUUCUUCAAUUGUCUAGAAUGCUUGGUAUACCCCAGAAAAAGCUCAAAAAGGCCUUGAACACCUUGAUCUCAACAUCAGGAAGUAAGGAGAUCAUAAAAGACAAGGUCUAUGUCUUCUGCACAGAGAGAGCUGCCAACAUUCCCCUAGAAAUGAUCCUCGAUCUAUACAAAAGCCUUUCGUUUAUAGAUUUCAAGUACAUGGUAUUCGUCUCAAGAGUUAAAGUAUGUGGAAAAUCAGAAGCAAAAGAUCUGAUGGAAGACUUCAAGGAGUAUGAUCCAUCAGACUUAAGCUACAUACCUGUGAGAGGAGAGGAAAUAUUGCUGUUGUCAUCCUAUAUCGCUAAGAAGCAGAUUGUAGUGAAUGGGAACACAUUCAGAUUGUUUUUGAUUAAUGGCCGAAUGUUUGAAUCAUUCAUAAAACUUUUUGAAAAGGAACUUUCCGAAGGUGCAUAG